AGGAAUUUGUAUAUUUUUUUAAAAAAGCAAGCAAACCUGGAAAAGCUUGGGACAAGCCCAGCUAAUUUUAGUUUCUAAUGAAAACAGCAGGUGGCCGAGAGGAUCUGAUCUCCCUGGCAGGGCCAGGGCCCUCCAGCCUCGCAGGCUGCAGGCACGGGCCAGGCGUGGGGAGGGCCUCCUGGGAGGAGCCUGAAGGACCGGAGCCCCCGCUGGAGAAGACGGGGCACGAGCUGCCUGGCAGCGAGGCGGCCCGGGGUUGGGGGCGGGGGGGUAACCUGAUCGAUGGCACGGCUGUGGCUGGAGUCCUGCGUGGCCGGGGCAGCGGGUAGCAAAUGGCUAAGCCUGUGCUCAGCAGUGGCAAGAAGAAGCCUACAUUGGGGUGAUGCAACCAGAAUGAGAGAAGAAGCAGGGAUGGCCGAGGACCUCCACAGGCCGACCCAGCCCAACGCAGUCAGCGCCCCCACCCCCACUCCCGCACACUCCCAGGCUCUUGGUCUCCUCCAGGAAUGGCUUGUGCAGUUGACAUUUGAGCCGGCCCAGCUCCAGGGUCUUUCCCUAGCUCUGCUCCCACACCGAUUUGGGGUGAGCUGGCAACAGGAAGAAGGGCCUGCCGCCAAGCACAGCACAUGGUACCUGGCCAAGCUGUCAUCAGUGGGGAGCAUCUCAGAGGAGGAGACGUGCGAGAAGCUCAAGGGCCUGAUCCAGAGGCAGGUGCAGAUGUGCAAGCGGAACCUGGAGGUGAUGGACUCGGUGCGCCGCGGCGCCCAGCUCGCCAUUGAGGAGUGCCAGUACCAGUUCCGGAACCGGCGCUGGAACUGCUCCACGCUCGACUCGCUGCCUGUUUUCGGCAAGGUGGUGACGCAAGGCAAGGGUAAUGUCUCAUUUACCAGUUUCCCAGCGCGUGGCAGAGCCUGGCAUGGAGGAGACAGUCAAGGGGUGUCAUCCAGUGGCAGAGAGCAAGUCGGGGCAAGGACUCAAGGGGCAGAAGAGGGGAGGCAUGGGUCAGUGUGGCCUGAUGCAGGUGAGGGACCCCGUCAAGAAGUGCUUUCCUCACCUGUGUUUGCACCAGGAACCAGAGAGGGGGCCCAGCCCCGGCUCAUCAAGUUCAGGGAGAUGCUGAGAAUCCUACCAGGCUUGGCUGGAACCUGCUGUGGACUAAAGUCCAAGUGACAUGGUCAAGCAUCCAGUCUCCUCGGGGCUGAGUCAGGGCAUGCACUCGCCAAGCCAGCCACAUGCGAGGGAAGGGCAGUCGUGUCUGGAGGAGUCUGAACUCUUCCCAUUCGUCCAUCCCCUCGCUUUUGCAUUUUUUGUUUUCUUCCCUAGUAAAAUUCCUCCUGGAAAAGUCUCAAUUUAUCUCCACUGAACAAGAGACGGGACUUGUCCCUCCCGAGGCCACAGUACCGCUCUUGGGGGGUCCAGGGUUGAUGAGGCCAUGCAGGGAGAGCACGGGCAGCAUGACCUUGGGGGAGGGACCUCACUCCUCCGAGCCUCGGUCUCCUCACCUGUCAGGAGGACCUGCACGUGUGCUUACCUCAUAGGGGCAUCACCAUUUAGGGUGGACCUUGACCCCAGAAAAGCCAUCCGUGUUCACCAGCUGCUGUGAUUUGGGGCAGCAGCCGGCUGGGCAGGCCUUUCUCACAGCCCCCAGGUUUAGGGGUUGGGGGGCUAGGCCAGUGCCCGCAUUCAUGGGCUGCCUGGCUGGGGUCCUGACCUCAGACCUGGAAAGGUAAUAGCUCACAGAUCCCUCCAGGAGCCAGGCCAUACUUGGAGGAGCAAAGGAGCCCCAUUUGCUGAGGGCCUCCUUGGUGCCGCCUUGCAUCCGACCGCCCUCACGACAAGUCCGAGUGUGUAGUAUUGUCCCCACGUUACAGCUGAGAUAGGAGGCCCAGCAGAGAGUGUGAUGCACCUAGAUCCGGGGCCUGACGGCUCUUGGCAUGAGUUCCCGGGCAAGGUCCAUCCCCUGUCCUAGCCUCAGCGUCCUCCUCCCUGGAUGGGGGGUGGUGGGGCCACCCCAGGCCCCAGCUCCUGGACUUCCCAUCAGGGUUCAAAGAUGAUGUCUCCAAAGACCUGCCUGGCUCCCAGGGCACCUGGGGGUGGGAGCAGCUCUCUUACGGCCAGCACUGCCCGAGGCCGUACAGCUCCAACCCGCACCCCCUCCCCUCCCAGGCAGUGGAGACCCCCUGCUCCUGGCCUACAGAGGCAAGACUGACGGUGACAUAAUGGUGACUGGUGAGGACAUGUGUAAGUCAGGGCCAAACUGUGCUCUAGGCUGAGAAUCUGCCAGAAAUUUGGUGAAGGUGGCAUCGGGGGCAGCCAGGAAUGGGGCAGCCGGUGGUUCUUGGCCGAGCAGGCGUGCAGGGCCAGACGUGGGAUGAUGGCCUCUGUGCGGUUCGGUCACUGCUUAAUCCCUGUGCCUGGGGCAGCACCUGCACGAGGUAGGUGACUGAUAAGUAUUCGUGGAAUGAACGACGAGGGUUUGAGGGUGGGAGGGAGAGGCCAGGGAGUCUGGCGGAAGUUCGGUGUGGCCGUGAGCAGGAUGUGCUGGGGUCUCGGGGCGGGCAGGCCCGAGCAGCACGGGGAGAGGCGUGGAAGGCAGUGCAGAUGCCUCUGCGCCUGCUUCCCUCCAUCUGUAGACAACGCCGAGCCUUCCCCUGCCUUCUCACACCUUGCUCUGCGAGCUUGAUGGUGUCCCUGUCCCGAGAGGGGACCCCACGAGCCCUGCGGCCCCUCUGGGCUCUGACUGCCAUGUCGGGAGGCGAUGUGGUGCACUGGUCGUAGCCGAGUGAGGAUUCAGCCCAGGCUGUGUUUGCAGUCCCCGCGUGUCUAACCUCAGGGCACCUGACUGACGGGAACUUCAGGCUGGAUCUAAGAAGUAGAUGCUUUUCAGUCCUGGGCUAUGACUCCCUAACACCCGUGCUCUCACCUUUGUCUUCGAUGUUGGCAUCACUUUGGACCCAAUGAGGGUGACAACAUGCCUUUCUUCUGGGGACCUUUCGGGCCAGCUUCUGGUGCCAUCCGAUACAUCACAGGAGGUCUGGGGAGGGGUUACCCCAGAGACACUUUGCACUGGGGGUUCCUUGAGGACAGACUCACCUCCAUCUCCCUCAUGCUGGCAUAGGGCCUGGCUCACAGCAGGUGGCUAAUAAACGUCUGGUGAGGGAGGAGGUGUCUCUGCACUAAGGAAGCUUUUAGCCCAAUGGCAAAUAUGUGGACACGUGGCCCUCGGGGUAAGUGCCCUACCGGUAUUUGUUAGCGAAUGAAUAAAAUGGCAUUAAUCACCCAACAAUAACAUUCACAGUAGCUACUAUGUCUCAAGCUCCUACUCCAGGCCAGGGGCUAAGCACUUCCCAUGUUUUACAUCAUUAGAUUUCCAUACCCACCUGAAGAGGUCAGAACUAUUGUCAGCCCCAUUCUAUGGACAUAACAACUGAAAUCACACGUUUAGGAAGUGGCAGAACCAGGACUAGAUCUCAGGCCCGCCAGGCUGAGCAUCCACGCUCCUCCCGAUACCCACCUCUGUCUCCAGGGAGCUGGGAAAGGCCUGUUCUUGCCAGCUCUGUACUGGGCUCGAGGGGGGCAGAGGAGGUGGUGAGGGACAGCGUGGCCCCUGGAGCUUCCAGUCUGGCUGCAGACAAGCACACAAGACACUUAGAAGAUGAAACAGUCUGAGUCCAACUCUGACUGCGCAGGGAGGGCAAGCCAGGCCAGCCAGAGCACCUGGGCUCCCAGGAAUCCAUGAUGGUAGGAGGGAUGCGCAGAAGUACCAGGGCCUGGCCUGCUGGGCCAGUGUUACUUUCCCCCUGUUAGAACCGGGAAAGGUCACUACACUAGUAAGAGUCUUAACACGGCUUUGUCCAGCUCCAAAGCCUUUACUCUUUCCCCUGCCCUAUAUUGUCUCUUAAAUCCAAAGAGGCUUCCUGGAGGUGGUUUCAAGAAAAGGUGAGCCUUUGCAGACAAGAGAGCAAAGGAAAUUGGAAAGGCAGGCUGGGGGGGCAGGGAUGGGGAGAUGACAAGGGCAGUGCCUUUCUCAGAGGGCCGUGCCUCUCCUGCCCCACCUCCGGAGGACUCCCGCUGGGUCUGCUUUGGAAACAUGUAAGUUAUGCUCGGAAUGACACUGCCAUCAGGACACCUGCCUGAUGCCCCGGGGAUCCCCACGCCCGUGGCUUCCUUUCUAGCCCAACUCAGCCUCAUCUGUUUCUCCUCCAAACACUCCUUCCUGCUCAAAUGUCCUUCCAUCCAGCAUCUGGGGAGACAGCGCAUGUGAUGUGCUCAGAAGAGCACUGGCCUCGAGUCAGGCAGGCCGCGGUUCCAAUUCCCUCUUGGCCACCGACUGGCUGAGGGACCCCAGACAAGCCCCCGAGCCUCACUUUUUCCUCCACAGAGCAGAGCUGGAGAGAGCUGGUUGCUCAGGUCGCCAUGAGCUCAUGGAAAGGCCCUGGCACAUCGCAGGCCCUCAGAAAGGGUAGUUAUCACUGGAUCCCCAGGACAACUCUGAAUUCCCGGCCCCAGGCAGCCUUAGCACCUUGGAAAAGAUGGCAGUGACGUGGGACCUAGAGGACGCUCAGGAUUUAGACCAAUGGAGCCAGGGAAGAAGAAAGAGCAGGAAGAAAGGAGUUGGGUGUGGAAUGGGGCAAAUGGCAUUAUGGAAAAGGCAGAAGGCUGUAGGGCAGCUGCUAGCACCUUCGAGAGCUCUGCCUUUCCCUCGGCCGGCUCUGCUGUCCCAGGAGGACAAAGUCCUCCCCCUGCAGCUGGAACAGGCAAACCCCCAGACCAGGGAGCAGUUAUCGACCAGGUCGCUGGGGAACUCCCCUCUGCCACCCUCACAGCCACACCACAAUCCUUUUUCUGUGUCUCAGCGGUCUCUGCCAGGCGCCCCACUGGUGAGCAAGGCUCCAGCCGGGCAGAGGGGAUGAGCCAGGAGGGGCCACAGCCCUGGAGUCAAGGGAUCGGGACCCAGGGCCAGUCAUAAAAGGCUGGAGGAAAUGCUGCCAUCGGCUCUCGGGACACAGUGGCUCAGCCACAUUCUUCAGGCCUUCUGGGGCCUCCUGUGCUGAGCACAGGCCCACUGCUCACCAUCCCCCAGUGAAGAACCCACAAAAGGAACUGGACAUGUCCCACAGCUCGUGGCUUCACACAUGGAGGUGGCAAGAGAUGGGCUGUAUAUUCCUGGGGGUUCCAGGCUCUGGGCUCCAGGCGGCAGGAUCAUGUCAAGGUUGAAACUCUGGAGCUAGGCUGCCUGAGUCCGAAUUCUGGCUCUACCACUUCCUGGCUGGGUGUCCUUGGACAGGUGUUCACGGCUCAGUGCCUCAGUUUCCUUAUCUGUAAAAUGGGGAGUAAAAGUGUCUACUUCGCAGGGGUGUUGUGAAGAGUAUAUAAAUUAUGUCAAGUGCUCAGACAAUGCCCAGCACGGAGUGAGCUCUCUCUAAGCUUUAGCUCGUCUUAUUAUCUUCCUUCCAGAACCUCUUCCUUCAAGCCCAAGUGGAGAGAACUAUAGCGCCCUUGUUCCCGAGGCCAGGAGAAGGGGGCCUGUAGUCCUGGCAGAUGGGUGUUGGUUGGGGAUGAGGCAGGGGUCUCCCUGAGCCACCUCACAGGGAGCCCUGCACCCAAGGCUGCUAGCGCUCAGGGGAGGAGGUGGGCCGAGAGCUUGGGGCAGGCCAGGGGCUGCCUGAGGGCCCAGAGAAGCAGAGCAGAAAGGAACAUGCCAGGCCAGGAGCUGGGGCCACCCUGCCAGUCCCAUCCACCCUACUAUCUCCUGCUUUCCCUUCCCCCUUGGUCUUUGGGGCAAAGAUUUGUGCUGGUUCAGGCCUGGAAAUACCAGAAAUACCAGAAACUAAAGUCGUCUCUCUUUGGGCGGCCACAGCGCAAAACCAACCAACAUGAUCCUGCUAUUAACCUCGAUUAACUUGGAGAGGAUUCCAUCUCAGGCUGUCGAGGCCCCCGUGGCUCCAGCCAGGCCCCCUCAUGCCGGCCCAGAGCGUCCAGGCCAGGGCAGAGGGUGGGCCGUAGAAAGUGGGUGGCGAGCAGUAUCCCCAGCUCAAGGGCCGAACCGAGAACAGGGCGUCCUGGGCCAUGGGGGCCUGAGCUGCCCCCAACCCCAGCGCUCGGCCUCCACUGCCUGUCCACAGACACGGGCACAGAGGAGGUGAUUGUUUCUGUCUGACCACGGCGACUGCUCCCCAGGGCAGCCGAGAGCACCGGCCUGGGUGUCACAGAGGUAAUUGCCAACCACGAGGCCAAAGCCUCCCCCCUUUGCUCCUGUGGACACAGACACUCCAGCAAGAGACAGAAGGACAGUCACGGGCACACAGAGGCCCUCACAGGGCCCAGAGAGGAGCAGGGCCCGUCUGGUCACACACCCAGCCAGCCGUGUGCACACGCACCACACACACACACACACGCAACACACACAAAGACACUCCCUCCCACCACCCACACCCCCAGAAAGGGUCUACAUAGCAGCUACACCCCCUGAGGCACAGUUCCUAGGAGGAUAAAAACACCCAUUCAGGCAAGAGACAGGGCAGCCACCAACACAGAACCACCAAGAAGUCAUGGGGCGGAAGGGAAAGACAGGCAGCAGAGGCGGGCAGACCAGAGUUUGAGUCCUGGUUCUAUCACUUGCUGACUGGACGACUGCGACCCACUUCCCCUCCCCAAACCCGCACUGUGCCAUCUGUGAACUGGGCACAGAUAAAGCUUCCGAUGGUAGAGGGCAUCCCCUCUUCAGCAGUGAUCCUGGUAAGCGGUGGGGCCAUUGUCAUUACGGUUUACUCUUAGAGGUAUAAGGAAGCAAGGUGGUCUCAGAAAUAGGCCCAGCCUCAGCAGGAAGGGCUGGGGCAGGUUCCUCGGGCGGGGGACCCCAUCAGAGCCUAGAGGGGCCAGCUGGGGAAUAGGCACAAAAAGAGCUGGGUUGACAGGCCAGCCUGCUACUUCUGUAGCCUUGGUAAGUUAAUUCACCUCUCCCAUGCCUGUCUUGUCUCUCAUAAAAUGACGUUAACAUCACUAACCUCCCGGAGAGGUUGUGAGAACAGUAACUGACAGUGCUCAGAGCACUGAAGCUGGACCAUCUGGCUGCUGAACCACAUGCUGUGUGGCCUGGGACAAGUUGGCUAAUCCCUCUGAAAGCGGGGAUAAUAAUUAUACUCACCUGACGGGUGCGGGGAGGAUAAAUGACCAGCACACGUGAAGGCCGCAGGGCAGUGUCCGGCGUGUGUAAGUAUGUUGGCCAUUGGUGGGUAAGAAUAAGCAGCAGCUCGGCGUGACUCCUGUCCCACGGGAAUCAGCCUGCCUUGCUCUCUCCCUGGGCCUCCGUCGUUCAGGAGUCCCAUCUACGCCUCUCCUCUAAAAGGGAGGGUGCGGGGAGGAGCACUGGGACCCAGCCCUGCCCUCCCUCUGCCUCCCU